AUGGAACCUAGAUUGGAAAUGUUGGUUGUUGGAAUCUAUAUUGAUGUGUAUGUGUUGAAAUUGAUAGCCUCAUUGAUGGUGUAUCUCUUAGAUAUUGAGUAUGACAAGGAUCACCGGGCUUUUCAUAUGACGAAGAAGAGAACGGAUCUUCACCCUUUGAAGAUUCGUUACCAUGGCACAGUAGAUAUAGCGUAUGACGAGAGGUACAUAGAGUUCAUCCAGCCUACCGGUUUUCUCCCGUUCAUAUCGCUUGUAAGCCGUGGGGGGCCGAACAUGAACGCCACGGCACUCACCGCCCUUGUCGACCGGUGGAGGCCGGAGACGCACACCUUCCACUUGAGGGCCGGCGAGAUGACCCCUACUCUUCAGGAUGUUUUCAUGAUACUUGGACUUCCUAUUCAGAGCGACCCACUGUGUAUGAACACAACUUCUGAUGGGUGGCGCCAGCAGAUGGAGAACCUUAUUGGCAUGGCUCCUCCGCCGCCAGAAGAUCCAAAGGAGAGAACUCCCACCGGAGCAUCUUUCUCUUGGAUCAGGACUAACUUUGGAGAAUGCCCGGAAGGGGCCAACGAGGACACUAUCAGGACGUAUACCCGUGUGUACUUGUGGUACAUGUUGUCGAGGACUCUCUUUGCUGACAGUGUUGGGAAGCUGGCCCAUUGGUGCUGGCUCAAGGCGCUUACGGUGUUGGAGCACCGGUGGAGUUGGGGAACAACGGCACUUGCCUACCUCUACCGGCAGGUGAUGAUUUGCUGUAUUUACUAUUCUUCUAUAGUGGAUUGGGAGCCAUAUGGUUCCUACUACCAUAUUGGCGCCGGGAUGCCUGACCUCAACCCCAAGUGCCUUGAGGAGGCGCGGUUCUGGCUGAACCCCGCGUAUGAUGAUGACAUCUUGGACGACCCCAUCGAGUUCGAUGAGCGGUCCGAGAUCCAAAAAACAGUUGAGGAGUGCGAGGUUGUUUGGGAUCAGAGCCAUAGAGAUGAAAAGCCUGUUGGCCCGUUGCGGCAUUUAAUUAAGAUACGAUCACCAACUUUGAAUGUAAGCUAUUAUGUCCGGGUGGCUUUGUAA